UUGCUUGCAAAUUGUAGCCCUCCUGUAAAUCCUCCCAAUGAAAUCGACGACCCCAAGGACAAAAAACCAGCCGACUGGGAUGACCGUGCCAAAAUUCCCGAUCCGGCCGCAAAGAAACCUGAUGAUUGGGAUGAAACUGCUCCAGAGUUCAUUGUAGAUGAGGCCGCCGUUAUGCCUGAAGGAUGGCUGGAGAACGAGCCAGCUCUGAUUCCUGACGCAAGCAGUAAAAAACCUGAUGAUUGGGAUGAUGUAACUGAUGGUGAAUGGGAGGCCCCCAAAAUCGAGAAUCCUGCUUGCAAGGACGCUCCUGGUUGUGGGAAAUGGAGCAAACCCCAGAUAAAGAACCCCAAGUACAAAGGAAAAUGGUCCCCACCUCUGAUCUCUAACCCUGCUUACAAAGGUGAAUGGCAUCCUAAGAAGAUCCCCAACCCCGAUUUUUAUGAAGACAAAGAGCCAUACAAGAUGACACCGAUUCGUGCCCUGGGCCUUGAACUGUGGUCUCUCAGCGAUCAGAUUGCCUUUGACAACUUCUACAUUGGAACUUCAAAGAAGGGUGCCGACGAGUUUGCGGCACAAACAUGGGCGGUGAAGCACUCAGCUGAAUUGGCUGCAGACACUUCUGCGAGCGUUCUUGACGCCAUCAAGGAGGUCGUGUCGGAGAAACCAUGGGUCGUCGCACUGGUCACUCUGGCCGUUAUGCUUCCCCUUGAGGAGGAGGAGGAGGACGCCGAAGGAUCUGCAAGCGAAGAGAACGAGGAAGAGAAACCAGCAUCAAAGGAGGCUGGUGACGCCGAGAAGGAGGAUGAAGAUGCAUCGGAGGAUGACCACGAAGCCGAAGAAGAAGAGGUGAGUCCCGCCCAUCGAUGA